AUGGUGAGAACCGCUGAAGAGGCGGUAAUGGAAUACAGAGAAGCUCUGGAUGAUUUAAAAGAUAAUAAUAAGAUGCAAAUCAAUCUGAUGACGAUCCUGGCCGAGGACUACAGUUCAUUUUCACGGGAAAUCGUGCAUGUUAUUGCGCAUCAGGUUGAGAAGGUGUUGCCAACUCAGAAACUGGCCGUGAUGUAUGUUUUGGAUUCGAUAUUGAAAAAUGUCACAAGUGCAGGUAAUUAUAAAGAGCACAUGGAAAAGCUUAUACUCAAGUUGUUUGUACAUGUUUUUGAAACGGGUGAUGAAAAGACAAGACUAUCACUGCAUAAGCUGCGGCAGACAUGGACGGGUAUAUUCCAGCGAUCGACACUCUAUAAGAUCGAUCUGGCCGUGAAUGAGAUCGAUCCGGCAUGGCCAAUCAUGACGCCUCAACCGGCCACGGCAACACCCCUGUCCACUAGCAGUAGCACAUCAGCAUCACCAUCCACAACGUCGUCGUCUACGUCUUCAGCGUCAGUGGCAGUAACCAGCAGCAGCACCUUAACACAGUCUCAACAGCAACAACAACAACAGCAACUGACCCGCUCGGUGCAUCUCAACCCGCACUUCUUCAACAAACACGCCACUACCACUACCGUAACGCAGCCGUCAUCGGUGACUGAGAAACGACAAUUGUCGACAACGGUUGUGGAGGGAAAGCCUAUGGCUGAUCCGAGGCUGGCCAGAUUGACCGAGAACGGACGCACUCAUAACAACCUGAGCAAUGGUAAUGGUAAUGCCAUCAACACCACUGCAAACGAAUCCAAGAGUCGAGUGCUGAACAACAAGUCUGCGUCGUUUUCGAGUUUAGUGCGUGUUAAGGAUGAACCGAGGGACUGUGCAGAGGAUGUUGAUGAAAGACGUGGAUUGACCGAAAGUUCAUCCGAGAUAUCUAUGAAGGGGUAUCAGCGAAGAUUCAUUGAAAAAAAAAAGAUGACUGUUAUACACCAUAUGGAUGAGGAAACUGUGAUUCUGAGAAAAACAACGGAAUCUUUUGCGAGUAGUGGGACAAGGAUUGUGGAUUACUAUAGUGGUGUUGUUUGCAGAGAUGAGGAACGGCGUGACAAAGGCGGUCGUUCGCCAUCGGAUGCUGGUGCAUCGUCGAAGAAACGUCGUCCACCACUGAAGCAAGAAAACGAUGAGGAUGCGGUGGAUGAGAAGAGACGACGUGCGGCGUUCACGCGAUCACCACCCGACGAGAAGCGCCGUGAUCACUACCAGCCAUCGACCUCCACCGCCAAACAACCCCCACUGAAACCGACCAACGAUCUGGGAUCGCAUGCGUUCAUGUCGUCCACCCUGCAGCAGUCUAUGCAACACUCACCAUCACACUCCAACGACACCAACAACACCCCUCCAAUAAUUAACAGCAUCAAUCAAGCGCCCUCCUCAUCGCCACCCUUAACUGCUCCCUCAACUGCCACCUCAUCGAGCUCGUCAAUCGACUAUCCCAACGUCUCUUCUACGUCCAAUGUCACCACUUCCAGUAUAAUCACUUCUUCCUCGGCACAAGCAACGAUACCCCCGUCAUUCAACGCCACCAGCGCCCCUCCAGCCAUAGCGAUGCCGAUCAUACCGAUGGUGCCGUUCCCAGGCAUGAACCCGAUGCUAGCGUCACGUUUCAUGCCCCCCAUGGUUGUGCCACCUCAGAUUGCUGCUGCAGCUGCCGGUGCCUUAAUUCCACCAGUUGUCGCGCCUGCCACUCAGCAUGUGAUUCGCACGGAGGGUACCAAACUGGAGGGUAUUCCGGCGAAUAAUCGUAUUUUUGUUGAUGGACGUGCUUAUGAAGUGUUCUACGUGAACGACAUUCCGGUGAUUGAACGCAAUGGACUACCUCAUAGGAUAUAUUUUACGGGUGCGCCUCGAAAUGUGAUAAUCGAUGGUGUUGCGCAUUUGAUGAAUUUCGGUGAGGAGAAACGGGUUGUUAUUGACGGUGAAGAGCAUAUUCUCAAAUUUGGUGCACCCUCUCGUGAACUUUAUAUGGGAAACUAUCCAUUCAAAGGUGCCUUCGGUGGACCGCCGAUUUUUGCCACAAUUAACGGUGUUCGCCAUGAAAUAAGACUCAGUGGCCCUCCACCGGAAGUGAAGAUCGAACCGGAUCCAUGCUACGAGUUGUUGAGGCAUAUGCCAAGACAAGGACUUAAUCCAGCCUCUGUGACAAGACCUCCGAACGCUGCUGGUGUGCAGUCCACAGGUGCUUCCAAAGAACCAACAAUGGACGUGAAGGGAUUGCUGGCCAAAUUACAAGAAUCGGGUAUACUGUCGGCGUUGAAUGCAAAGAAAGACGACAAAGCGGCGUCCAACUCAACAAAAAAUACCUCCCAACGCGAUUACAACAAGUCGCCAACCCCUCCAAUACCGUCUGAACAUCGCGGUGAAGUUACCGAACGUCUACCAAAACCACCCACAGAUCUCAAAAAGUUUUCUAUGCGUGCACUCAAAAUUCGCUAUGAUUCGGUGGUCGAGAGUCUCCAUCAAACGAAGCACUUAUGCCCUAGUUGUGGGUUGAGGUUUAAUGAGUUGAAAGGUGAAGCGUACGAACGACAUUUGGAUUGGCAUUUCCGUGAAAAUCUGAGAGCAAAUGAGGGAUCGCAGUGCCGUAGUUGGUAUUUGAGUUCUGAGGAUUGGCUUACAUUUAGUGAGCAAGAUAGUCUGACAGCAUCAACUUCAACAGCACGUAUGCCAGGUGAUUCAGCUCAAGUGGAUGAUGCAUCAGACGUUGGGAAGGUUGUUGCGAAUGUAUCGUGUGAUGCCGUGCAGAUGAAGGAAUGUGGUGUUUGUGGUGAACAGUUUGAAGAGUACUGGGAUGAGGAUGAUGAUGCAUGGAAACUGAAGGAGUGCAUGCUGGGCGCUGAUGGCAGGCCUUUCCAUCCGAGCUGUAUAUUGGACGCAUCAACGGCGCCGACGGAUACUAGCAAAUCGGACAGAAUGGAGACGAAUGAAGAAGAUGUGGAUCAUGCUAGUGAUCAAGCAUUGUUACAAGCUGCAAAUCGUAUAUUAAAGAAUGAUUUAUUACUGCUGAAUCGAUCAUGA